CCGGAUGCGUAAAGCUUCCGUUUUCGUGUCCAGCACAUCUCCAACCCGCUGUGUAUAUCAUCUUUGUCUCCAUAACUCCCAACCUACUCUCUUUGCUCUACAUUCUCGUACUCUCAUUUCAUGUCUCAAACACUUGACCGUGAUUUUCACAUACCGUUACUCGCAGCCAUGGCCCGCUACAGGCGCUUCCGGUGGUCUUUUGCGAACGAGUAUCCAGAAGGCUCCUAUUACGAUCGCAUGAACCAGGACGAGGCCGGCAGGCUCAACUCAUAUGGAACGCUCGCCAUUGUGCAAAAGGAACCUCAUGGAGCUGUCCUCGAUGCCAUCUUGGAAUGGGAAGAUGAACAAACGACUUACGCAAUCGUUCAACCCUGCAAAACCGCGGUGGGAUACCAACUUACUGGUCGCAGGGGUACAGCUCCAUCAUCACAGCACGUGAAGGUAGCCGCCUCUGAUGAUCAGGUCGGUCUCAUCAAUUGGGGCCAACUCAAGGGUGUCUUUGAGGGGGGGCAGAUCAUCAACAUUCCCGAAGCUGAAGAACUGACUGGUGCCAUACCCGUCAUUGACACCAACGAGCCUACCAAGCAGCACAUCUACUAUCUGCCCGCUGUGGUACCUCCACUUGCGAUGAACACUGUCUACUUCGAGUCAAAGCCUUCUUUUGUUGUCAUGCAGCCAGGCGAAAUGCCUCGCUAUGUCUUCUGGAAACGUAAGGAGCAGUACAAGCCAUCCCUCAGCGGAGAAGCUCACCUAGCAGCAAAAGCUGCUGCAUCAUCAGCCGAGCCGCUUGUAGACGCAUCAGCUGAAGCAACAACCGAGGUACCUGUUGAGGCACCAGUUGAGGCAUCCUCCCCUGGAAGCGCCAUCCAAGCUUCUAGAACCAGAAGAUCCCGUGCUCCAACACCCGAGGAACAUACCGCAACUCUCGUGGUUGACACAAACAAGGCAGCCGAGGCGGCUAAGGAGAAGACCAAGGAGGUUGAGCCGGUGUGGGAAGUCUUCUACCCUCAGCUCGAGCAAGAUCCCGUCGGCUUUCUGGACUAUUACAACACGCCUCUGAAUGGCUGGCACGGAUAUAGAGCCAAGAUGAUGCUACGCGAAGUGGAUAUAAAUCGGGUCAACUACACCAGUCCUUGUCUUGCUCACAACCACAAACGCAUCGAAGAGUCAGAGGCAGUCGAAACCGUGGAAGCGACCAACAAGUCAGCUGCAGUAGCGGCUGUGGAGGACACUGAAAUGGAGAUCGACUCUCUCGACGUUCCUCCACCCAAGGCGUCCGUAAACGCUGCGUCUGUUCCCUCGAAAUCUUUUGAGACUCCCAAAGCAAAGCCCUGGGUGCAGCCAGGACCAAUCGCCCACGAUGAUCCUGCAUGGAAGGCUUUGUACGAUAGAAUCGACAAAACCUCUAGAGUGAGAAAGAGACGUAUCCGACCCGAGCCUGUCUUCACCGAGAAGUACUGCAACACGCCCGGCGCAAAGGUCGAUCCCAAGAAAGCGGUGCUUACGAGGAAAUUGUACGACAAGUAUUACGCUCGCGCGGUCAGAGCCCAGAGAGAAAUCGACGCUCGUUCCAAGUGUUGUCUAGCUUGUGGGUUGAAGUGGAGCAAGUGCCCAAAGACAAGAUAUGAGCACUAUAACCUGCACCGUGAAGAGCGUAGGUUAUACUUUGCGCAUUGUCAAAAACUAAAUCUUCACAUCGAGCCUGAGAUGACUGUUGAUCAGCUAGACCCAGCAAAGGUCGAGUUCAUCAAGGACGUCCCUGGUCUCAACUGGUUCGCACGACUGGAAGAGGUUCUCCUCAAUCUAGAAAAUGAGCUCCUCGAGCGUGAGCAGACCUGUCGUGUCUGUGAUGCCCAUAUCGACUUUGGCGAGUACAGUAUUGUGGAGCACUACAAUGAGCACGCAAUCGAGCGCAAUAGACUGCGUACUGUUCCGUCUUUCACAGUCUCGGUGGUCGGCUCCAAGCUGGUUGUCGGCACGGAUGGCUCUACUCAGUUUGUUACCCCAGAGGACUCCCCUCCUCCACGUUCCUACAAAGGACUCGAAUCUGAUCACUAUCUGUUGCGACGUGAUGACGCAGAGAGAGCAAGAAGGAAGGCACUGGCCGGUACCAUUCCUCACGCUCAUCGAUCACCACCAACUACAAAAUUGUUCGGCUCGCCAAAGUGGCCUCAAUCCUCGCCAAGUGACCCUAUGGACUUUACUGAGGAUGGUCCGAUUCACUCUGAUGUCGUUGGAGAAAGUACGGCUCGAAGAGCGUUCUCGCCUCCAAUGGUGCCCAAGUCCAAAAGCCCUACGACUGGCAAGGGCAAUGUCGACUUUCUGUCCAACCAUGAUCAACCUUCAAGCUUGGCGAAAGUCCUAGAAAGAUUCGACACUUACUGCUUGAAUCUUGACAUUCCCCGCAAAGCAGUCCCUGGAGCCCAAAAGAUUGUUAUGGACAGCCGCAACAUGGAGCAAUUCAAGACUAAUGAAGAAGCUUUGUUUGUCGCAGCUGUUUGCAUCUCUCUUGAACAAGCUGGUGCCCCGAUAGCCUUGCCCAAAAUCGCUCCGUCUAACGUUUCCAUUAAUGAUAUUGGACAGGCCAUCACAGAACUUGAAGCACGGUUUCCAACCAAAACUGGCCAGCGUCGCGUCAUCGCGCCAGUAGAUGACGACUCUGAUCUUUACGCUGUACCUGCUGGUCUCCCGGCCUCGUGGCGAGAAUCGAUGGAAGCCACCGUCGCCUCGGACUACGACCCCGCGCUUGCCAUUCGUCCUACAUCUGGUGAGCUGACCGCUUUGGACGACAUUGAUCUCGGAGAAAGCGAGGACGAAGUGGAAGCUCCUGGAGACUUUGACAUCGGUGUCGAUGACUAUUCUGAAGGCGUUGACGAUGCUCUCGACGCUGACGAUAUACACGCUCGAGCCACUCACGAUUCUUACCUGCCAAUCAGAGAACCAACCAGUGCUAGAGAUUUUACAGACAAAUUAAUCAAGCGAGUCCUUGAAAAUCCUCUUGUAAACGAUGUCGAGGCCAUGGUGAGAGAUCAUUCCAAGAAGUCAAGUGGCAAAGAACAUCUCGACGCGGCUCGCAUCCUCGCCGAUGGCUCAGCACAUGGUGUUCUUCGCAAGCUCAACUUGAACCUCCAGCAAGCGUUCGAUGCGUUGCUUAUGACACACAACCUGAUCGAGGGACUUCUUGAAGACCCUGACGCCGACACCAACGGGCUUUCACACAGCCAGUGGGUUCAGGACAUAGUUUUCGAUCAUCUUCGUGACAUUACCAAGAACCUCGGUCGUCGCGGCUCGAAGAAGACCGUUAAGGAUGUCGACAGCUUCUCGGGUACACACGUCAACACUCUCUGUGGUCCAAUUGAGCUAUAUGAUCUAUGGAGAAUCUUGGACAAAGCUCGGAUCGCCUUCGAAGAGUUGGCUGAUCACCCUCAGCCUGAGAGUCUUUGGAUGAGAAAAUACUACAUCCGAAAAGUUGUGUCAGGUGUUCUUUGGAAAGCUUAUUGCAGUGGAUAUGAUGAUACAAAGCGCUUCCCAGCUGAUUACUUCAUUCCCGUCAAACACGAUGGCCUUGAUAUGGCCGAUCAAGACGAUAUGGAGAUUACUGAUAUACUGAAAGCGGCACUCGGGUCGGGGCAUGCUUUGAGAAAGCUCAGAAGUAUCUACAAAAGGGCCUGGAGAACGUUUAUCACGUUAGUAAGGGUUUACCGCGCGGCACCUGGUUACGAGGCCCCUGAAGUUGCCAGGCGAAAGUUCCUGGAAGUGGUCCAUGAAUUUGUCGACCAAGAGCUCGAGAAAGACAGACUUUUCAUGCUUAAGUACUCACCAGGAAGAUUCACAAAGACUGAAGAAAGUCAGGCCCCUAUAAGCAUCUCCUCGUCGUCGAGCGAGUCAAGUAGCGACAACAGCCUCAAGCGUAAGCGUUCAGCUCAGCUCCUUACCCCUACUAGCCAACCCAAGCGCAAGAGCACCGCCAAUGACGACCCUGAGUACCAGCCCGGGACCCCCUCACCUUUCGACUCGGACGAGAUAUCGCCCAGACUGCCCAAGGCACCUCGCAAGAGCAACGAUCCUCUGUACCGUCCUGGCUCCGCCCUCAACGAUCCCACCUCCCCUCCUCCAACACCCAAGCGCACCUCCGCCCAGAAAGCCGCCAACCGUGCUUCUCGCAAGAAGGAAAAGAGAAAGGAGAAGAAGGCGCUGAAGGCUGCUGACAAGAAGGGAAAGAAGACCGAGGCAAGCAGAAAGGUCACUUUCAACCCCAAGCCUGCCUUCAAGUCAGCGCCACCGACCCCUGAAAGUUCACAGCCACCCACUCCCAUUGGAGGUUCCGUGAGAAAGGCUACUAAGCCUGCUGUCAAGUCGAAGAAGACCUCGGCUAAGGUCACCAAGCCCAAGGCUGCCACCAAAAAGACUGCCACAGAACCUGAAGCGGUCUCAAGUGAAAGACCGCAACGUAAAGCUGCUGUUGAAGCCAAGAAGAACUUUGGCAAGACCAAGAUUAUUGGUUAAGGAGAUGACGAGAACUUGACGAGGAGGAAUGUGGUUUGGACAGCACAAGAUGAGAACUAUCGCCUGUUUUUUUUUUUUGGAGAAUACAUGAAAUUGUCAUUUUGCAUUACAAGUCUUGUUGUAGCUCUUUUGCUUAGAUGAAUUGCAUAUCUUCUCACUACACUUGCCUCUUGCUUAGAGCCUUCCUUGACAGUUGUGUUUUCCUUCUGUGGUGACUUUUAGUGAUGUUUCUAAUUACAGCCUUCCAUGAAUAAGUGCAGUCAUCCGACAACAUGGA